AUGAACGUUCAAAUCCAUUCAUUCGUGGACUCCACCUCGUUCUUGUCUCUGACUGGCCCAACACCAGCGCUAGCCGAUUGCGUACUUGACGAAAGACCUUCCAUCCCGUCGGAUCUUAAACUCGGUUCCAUGAGUCACCGUGUGGUAGGCUUCAGUGAUUUCGCGACAUCGCCGUGUCGUCCGAAUGCUUAUGAGUUUCCAAUAAUUUCGCAUUCAUUGUGCCUGUAG